AUGGGAGUGCUUGGAAAUGAUGCAACAGAUCUGAAUGGUUUUUGGGCACGUUUAGAUUCGGUUGUCCAGUCACGUGAUAAUUGUGCUUGGCAUUGUCAAACUCUACAGUCUAUCAAUUUCAUCUACGAUGAACCGCUGAAAGGCUAUGGCACUCUGACGAACAAUUUCUCCCUGGAAGCCAUCAUCAAAGCACGCGCAGCGCAAGACGGCACUCUAGUUCAGUGCAUACUCGACAAUACUCUGAUCACCAGCACCGGUAGCCCUACCUCCUCCAACUCUCCUGGUCGGCUGUCUUUCAUUAUCCCCGUGCCGGAAGAGUACUUGAGGAGGUUGGAAGCAGGCUGGAAUAGCUCUGCAGUGGUGAACGCAGUUGCUGCAUAUUGUAACAAUACGAUCCUGAUCACGCAGUUGGCCGGUUUGGACGUUAUGCCUGGGGCCAACAAUCCAAACGUCACAGCCAUUCUCGCCGCUCACCUUCCAGGGCAGGAGGCAGGAAACCCGAUCAUCGAUAUCCUCUACAGCACGGUCAACCCCUGUGGUAAGCUGCCAUAUACUAUUGCGCUGAACAGGACCGACUACGGCUUUGGUUCAAUUACGAACUCCAGCGCCCUGCUUGAGACUGAAGAUUCAAACAUGCGACAAUCCAAUUUCAACGAAGGGCUUUUGAUCGACUACCGACACUCUGACUACAUCAACCAACCUGUUGCAUUCGAACUCGGUUUUAGAUAUCAUAUAACACCUUCGAAAUGA